UGGAGGCGGGAUCACAGUGUAAGGGCUGGUGAGUGCAACUGAGGAAGACGCGGGGAUGCCCGAGAUCGGGGAUGCAGCCCCAACCGAGGCAAAGCUGAAGCCUCGGCCUGAGAGGACCGACCUCUUCUUCGAGGAGGAGGAUUUACAGUAUGAGGAGGAAAUCCUUCGCAACCCUUUCUCUGUCAAGUGUUGGUUUCGGUACAUCGAGUUCAAGCAGAGUGCAUCGCAAGCUGUGCUCAAUCUGCUCUAUGAGCGAGCCCUCAAGGAGCUGCCCGGGAGUUACAAGCUGUGGUACCACUACCUGAAAGCCCGCCGGGCUCAGGUGAAGCGUCGCUGUGUGACUGACCCUGCCUACGAGGAUGUCAACAACUGCCAUGAGCGGGCCUUGGUCUUCAUGCACAAGAUGCCGCGUCUGUGGUUGGAUUACUGCCAGUUCCUGAUGGAGCAGGGCCGCAUCACUCGGACCCGGCGCACCUUCGACCGUGCCCUGCGGGCUCUGCCCAUCACUCAGCACUCACGCAUCUGGCCCCUCUAUCUUCGCUUUGUACGUUCCCACCCUCUGCCUGAGACUGCAGUGCGUGUAUACCGCCGCUUCCUCAAGCUGAGCCCCGAGAGUGCAGAGGAAUACAUUGAGUACCUGCGCUCCAUCGACCGGCUGGAUGAGGCAGCUCAGCGCCUGGCAACUGUGGUCAAUGAUGAAAGAUUUGUCUCCAAGGAAGGAAAGUCCAACUACCAGCUGUGGCAUGAACUGUGUGACCUGAUCUCCCAAAACCCUGACAAAGUGCAGUCCUUAAACGUGGGUGCCAUCAUCCGAGGGGGCCUCACCCGCUUCACUGACCAACUCGGCAAGCUCUGGUGCUCAUUGGCCGACUACUAUAUCCGAAGUGGACAUUUUGAGAAGGCCCGCGACGUGUAUGAGGAAGCGAUCCAGACGGUCAUGACUGUACGAGACUUCACACAGGUCUUUGACAGCUACGCCCAGUUUGAGGAGAGCAUGAUUGCGGCCAAGAUGGAGACAACCUCAGAGCUAGGGCGGGAGGAAGAAGAUGACGUGGACCUGGAGCUGCGUUUGGCUCGCUUUGAGCAGCUCAUCAGCCGUCGGCCCCUCCUCCUCAACAGCGUCCUGCUGCGCCAGAACCCCCACCAUGUGCACGAGUGGCACAAACGAGUGACCUUGCAUCAGGGCCGGCCUAGAGAGGUCAUCAACACAUACACAGAGGCCGUGCAGACCGUGGAUCCCUUCAAGGCCACAGGCAAACCCCACACACUGUGGGUCGCCUUUGCCAAGUUCUACGAGGAUAAUGGGCAGCUGGACGAUGCCCGCACCAUCCUGGAGAAGGCGACCAAAGUAAACUUCAAGCAGGUGGAGGAUUUGGCCAGCGUGUGGUGUGAGUACGGCGAGAUGGAGCUGAGGCACGACAACUAUGACCAGGCCCUGCGGCUGCUGCGGAAGGCAACUGCCCUGCCCGCCCGCCGGGCCGAGUACUUUGAUGGGUCUGAGCCAGUGCAGAAUCGGGUGUACAAGUCUUUGAAAGUGUGGUCUAUGCUGGCUGACCUUGAGGAAAGUCUGGGCACCUUCCAGUCCACCAAGGCUGUGUACGAGCGGAUCCUGGACCUACGCAUCGCCACCCCCCAGAUUGUCAUCAAUUAUGCCAUGUUCCUGGAGGAGCACAGCUACUUUGAGGAGAGCUUCAAGGCCUACGAGCGGGGCAUCUCACUGUUUAAGUGGCCCAAUGUGUCAGACAUCUGGAGCACGUACCUGACCAAGUUUAUCGCUCGUUAUGGAGGCCGCAAGCUGGAGCGGGCCCGGGACCUGUUUGAGCAGGCACUGGAUGGCUGCCCCCCCAAAUAUGCCAAAACUCUCUACCUGUUAUAUGCCCAACUGGAGGAAGAGUGGGGGCUGGCCCGCCAUGCCAUGGCUGUGUACGAGCGUGCCACCUGUGCCGUGGAACCCUCCCAGCAACAUGAAAUGUUCAACAUCUACAUCAAACGCGCUGCUGAGAUCUAUGGUGUCACCCACACCCGCAGCAUCUACCAGAAAGCCAUCGAGGUGCUGUCGGAUGAGCAUGCGCGAGAAAUGUGUCUUCGUUUUGCUGAUAUGGAAUGUAAACUGGGGGAGAUUGACCGGGCCCGGGCUAUCUAUAGCUUCUGCUCCCAGAUCUGCGAUCCUCGGACGACAGGAACAUUCUGGCAGACAUGGAAGGACUUUGAGAUCCGCCAUGGGAAUGAAGACACCAUCCGUGAGAUGCUUCGGAUCCGGAGAAGCGUUCAGGCCACAUACAACACACAAGUCAACUUCAUGGCCUCCCAGAUGCUGAAGGUGUACAGCAACGCCACCGGCACUGUGUCUGACCUCGCCCCUGGACAGAGUGGGAUGGACGACAUGAAGCUGCUGGAGCAUCGCGCAGAACAGCUGGCGGCAGAGGCAGAGCGGGACCAGCCCCCACGCUCACAGGGCAAGAUCCUUUUUGUCAGGAGUGACGCCUCCCGCGCUGAGCUGGCUGAACUGGCCCAGCAGGCCAACCCCGAGGAGAUUGAGAUAGGGGAGGAGGAGGAAGAGGAGGAAGAAGAGGGGCUGCAGCCCAAUGAGGUGCCGCUGGAGCAGCAGAGCGUGCCAGCCACGGUCUUUGGGAGCCUGAAAGAAGACUGAUCCCAAUCACCCACAAUAAAUUCUUUGUUUGUACUUCU